AUGGCUACGGCGGAGAAGGUGGGUGUCCGGUGUUACUUCGAUCGCCAAGCUCCCUUUCCCUGGUCAUACUUCGUGGGAUUCCACGAACGUUGCCUUUCUUCUCGCCGCCCCGCCAUUUCAGGCGAUUCCUCGUGCUCCUCUGUUCCGGAACACCUUUUCCUUCCCCGCUUUCCGCCGCGGAGAUUCCCCAGAACAUCUGAAUUUCCCUCUGUCGGAGUUGACUUCGAGUUAGUGGACGAAGAGCUUUCUCUGUUACCCACCACCAUCAGAAACCGGGAUUCUCCCUCCCUGUGAAGUUUUGCAGACUGAAUCGGAGCUUACUCGAAGCAAAACACAUGAAUUUCCUCACCUUCUUCGGCCUUUCUGUUUCUCUUUUCCGGGAUUCGAUUUGAAGGCGUGCGUAGGAUUUUGAUUUCUCGAACGAAAUAUAUCCUUUCUUCUGAUUAGUGUUUGAAAUUUACUCACCGUGAAUUCCUGGAUUUGAUUGCAGAAGCUGGUGCUGAAGGUGGACGUUCCCGACAACAAGGCCAAGAAGAGGGCCCUGAAGGCCGUCACCACCCUCCCAGGUACCCAGAAAGCCCUUCUUUCAGCUGCUCCGAUAUCCUCUCGUCCUCCUCCUCUAGACCUCUGUUUUAGGGUUUCUCAUCGUCGUCUUCCUCCGCUCCUCCAGGGAUCGACUCCAUCGCCAUGGACAUGAAGGACAAGAAGAUGACGGUGAUCGGCGUCGUCGACCCCUGCGCAGUGGUCGCCAAGCUGAGGAAGAACUGGUACACGGAGGUCCUCACCAUCGGCCCCGCCAAGGAAGAAAAGAAGGAGGAGAAGAAGGAGGAGAAGAAGGAGGAGACCAAGAAGAACGUCGACCACGUGAUCAUCUACGAUCCCACCCGGUACUACGUCUACGGUGGAGAGGAGGAUCCCAAUGCGUGCGUCAUCUGCUGA